CCCAAGACUAAAUAAUAGCCCAGACAGUGGGAAAACGCAUUUAACAGUAAAAGUCCAUAUAAACCAAUUAUAAGGGAGCAAUUGGUGAUAAUAUCUAAAAAAAACAAGAUGAGUUUUUUCGGGAAAAUGUUUGGUGGCAAGAAGGAGGUGGCUCCAACGACGGGCGAGGCCAUACAAAAGCUAAGAGAGACGGAAAAUAUGCUCAUAAAAAAACAAGAAUUUCUGGAGUCCAAAAUUGAGGAAGAACUGAACACAGCACGUAAAAAUGCAUCCAAGAACAAGAGAGAACUCGCCUUGCAGGCGCUAAAAAAGAAGAAGCGCUUGGAGAAGCAACUGCAACAAAUAGAUGGUACACUGUCUACAAUUGAGAUGCAGCGCGAAGCGUUGGAGAGCGCCAACACAAAUACUGCCGUAUUGACCACAAUGAAGGAUGCUGCGGACGCUCUUAAGUUGGCACACAAAAACAUGGACGUGGACAAGGUACACGAUAUGAUGGACGAUAUUGCCGAACAGCAGGAUGUUGCAAAGGAAAUCUCUGAUGCCAUUUCCAAUCCAGUGGCCUUUGGUGCCGAUCUUGAUGAUGAGGAUCUCGAGCGGGAACUCGAUGAACUGGAGCAAGAGAACUUUGAUAAGGAGAUUAUUGGCAUACCCGAGCCGCAGCCGACGUUGCCGGAAGCACCCACAGAUGACUUACCCGAGAAGGCCAAGGAGAAGAAGAAGGCACCGGCGGCAACGACAACGACGGCACCCGCUGAUCCUGAUGAUGAUCCCGAUAUGAAACAGUUGCUGUCCUGGGCUAAUUAAGGGCUUUAGCAAAAUCUCCGUAAUUUUCACUGCAAAUUUAUCCCAAAUCGUUUUUCCUUUAACUAUAAAUUACAUUUCUAUCGAAACAAAUUGGCAGUUGAACAGUGGAGUGAAAAUUGUGUUGGCAAGUAAUCAUAAUAAUAUAGGAAUGUGAUUUUUAUAAUAUAAUAAACGAAAAUAGUCAGGCAAAACACCACAAACACACACACACACACACACACACACUGAACAGCAAGAAAUUUCAAUGCAACGAGUUAUACGCUUGUAUUUUUUGAAGAAUUUUUCACGCUAAUAUUUCCGCAUGUUUUGUUUCGGUUUUAAUUUACAAAAUAAAUAAUACCGACAUUAUGGGUUAA